UUCAGAGGGCUAAAAGGCCGUGUUUGUGUUGUAUGGCUCUCUGCUAUGGCUUCUCUCUGCUGGCUGUCGUGUCGGUAUCUGCGCCGGUUCGCCUCUCCGCUGGCCCAGGCUGUCCGGCGGCCCGGACCCGCGCGCGCUGAGCGCCUCCUGCAGCGCGAGACCCGCCGCGCGAUCGCGGACAAGAGCGCGUGGAGCCGAACCAGGACUGAGCAGCAGCUGGCAGAGCUGGACAAGGCGGACGCGCUGAUGCUGAGGAAGUCUCACGAAACAGGGUUCUUGUCAUGGUUCCGAAAUGGUUUACUGGCUACCGGGAUUGGCGUCAUUGCAUUUGUACAGAGUGAUGCGGGAAGAGAAGCAGGAUAUGCCUUUUUUAUCCUUGGUGGAGUGUGUGUGUCGUUCGGGGGCGCAUCCUAUGUGGGCAGUUUGCUGACCCUGAGGAGAAUCAUGCUUCUCUCUCUGCCGUCUGUGCUGCUCCACACUGCUGUGGUGUCCAGUGUCGCCCUCUUCUGGCUGUGCGCGGUGUCGCUGUACAUCGGCCGCCUCGAAGUGGAGAUUAUCCGUGACGAGGAUGAGGAAGAGGAGGGUGGCGAUGAAGGUGGAGAGUGUGCGGAGUGUAGGGCUCGACGAGAUCGACACCAUGCAAGCGAUAGAGGCCAGGAGAAGUAAUGGAGUGGGAAAACUCCUGCGCUGUUUGAGAACUGGUCCAGGACCAGUUCUCUGUAUUUACAUUCUAUCCAUAAAUAUAAACUCAAAACUGAUCUCAGAUCAAUGAAAAGAUAACUUCAAAGGCAAUCGAGAGUAUCAUUAUGCUGACUGAUGUUAAAUAAGAGAACCUAGGCGGUUUGUGAUCCUGUACAAUGGUCUGUGUCCUCUUGGGUGCGUGAGGAUCAAGGCCAUAAAUAAUGAUCUUUCCUUUACAACAUAGCUGAAUUAGUGUGUAUGUGUGGGUGUGUAUAAAAGAUGACAAGCUAUUUUAAAUCUAGAUUGAACACUUGAAAUUUCUACUUAAAGGGAUAUUCCAUUAUCUUGUUGUUCAAGUUUCUAACUCUUUGUAGUUUACCUCCAUUAUCAUGGCUGAAUAGGAGCUGUCUUUGGUUUCCAGCAGGUGCAGAAGGAGAGCCUGUUUCUUUAUAGUGGUCAACUUGAUAUCAUGAAAUCACUGAAGUGAAAUUAGUGUUAAAGUCUCUAAUUUCAGGUCAGUGACAGAGUUUUGUUAGUCUGUUUGAGUUGCACUGGUUGUCAAAUCCAUUGGGAUCAGUUUCUGUAUAAUAGCCUUCUAGGGUGGCACAAUAUGGACAAAAUAUAAUAUUGUGAUUAUCUUACUACAUAUUGCAGUUGCAAUAGGACUUAUUGCAAUAACAAUAUAUUUAAAACAAGUCAACCUAUAUUAGUUUGAUUGUAAUUUUCCCCUUUGUUGGGUCAUGUGAACAUGCUCACAGCACACUAUAACAUUUUUGUGAUGUAUUAAAUGGGAAUUUCACAGAUAUUAAAAAAAAUCUGUAUAAUUCAAUCAUUGGGAUGUAAACAAAGUCAUUCAGUGUUUUGAUAUGAAAUGGCUCGUUGUAGAGAAACAUUCUGUUGAUAAUGGUAAAGUAGCAGUAAAUCUGAAAAAUAAUAGUAAUCGUUGAGCACUUUUUUCUUCACGCAUCCCUGUAUAUAUUAAAAAAGUAUGAUUUUGAUUUCAAAUUUAAGUGUUCACAAAACUGUUAUAAAACAAUGUCUCAGGCAGCAGGAAACCUAUUCUUAACCAUUUUGUUUAACAAGUUUGUGAGGUAGCUUUUAGGGACAUUAAGCACUUCAGGCAGCUGGUUCCUAUCAACAAUUAUAAGAACGUUUGGUUUCCUUCUAAAACGUGUUACAGAUCACUUUUGAGAUAUUUUGUUACACAUACAAUGAAUAUCAAAGCUAUUUUAUGAUUAAUACCACUUUUUAUUCUAGAAAUAAAAAUGGUUUUUCAUUAGACAUUGUACUUAUAUCCGAAAGUGUUACAAGUUGAUAAUCGUUUUGGAAUAAAAAGCUUAAAUUUCGACUCUAUUUCUUUACAGUGGCACAUUUCACAUCAAACCGUUCUGAAUGACUUUGGUUACAUAAAAUUAAAAAUGGACUUUUUUCAAUUUUGAAAAAUCUGUGCAAUUCUCCUUUAAAGGCUUGAUUUUUCCGAAUUACAGCCUUUUACGAUUUCACUAUUGCAAACGCUAAUUGCUGUAAAACUUUCAGUAUAUUGUGAAGCCCUAUGACCUUUAUGAAACUAGACCCUUCUUCUUCAAACUUACAAGAAUUUUAAUUUGCUUAACCUGCUGAAUUAGACACAUUGACUAUGAAAGAGCUUUCUGUGGAAAAUAAAAGUAGAAAUAAUGGGAUAUCCCUUUAAAUGUCUCUUACUUCUGCCAGUAUGCUAUAAUUGAGGCUGGCUGCUGGUCCAUUAGAAGCUUGAAGUUCUUCAGCCUAAUUUAUUAAGUUGUGCAGCGUCCUAUAAUCUAGUGUUCUGGCUCCCGGCCUAGCAGACUGACUUGCGAAUCAAGCUAUUCAGUUAAUUUUUCCACAUCGUCUGGAGCCCCAGCUGGUUGCAUCCUGAAUGCACAUACAUGCUUAAGUCUGUACAACCUUAUACAACCUUAUUCAUUCAUGCUAGAUGUCAUGGAGAGUAAUGUACUAUGUUUCAAUCCAAGGCUUUCUCUUGGUGUUUUGGAAAUGUUUACCUUUUUGUUCUGUCUAUUUUUCUUUUGCCUGAAAUGCAGUCGUGUCUUAUGAAGCACACAAACAUCAUAGUGCAGUGAGGGAAUGUCUGGUCAGAUAUGUUUUAGGGAUGAUGAGUGGUAAUAGCAUUGAUAUACUUUGGGUUUAAUGCUAUUGCUUUAAAUACAUAGUGAUAUUAUUAUGAUCAUUUAAUUCAGGUUUUACUUUUUGGCCAUUUUCAGGUGACAAACUGAAAUUAAGUUUAUGUUUCACCAAAAUAUUUAUAAACUGAUUUUCAACCUGCAAAUAGAAUUUAUCUCCUGAAUGAACCCUUUAUUGAAGGAGUGUCCCAGGCUAAAAAAAAAAAAAGCACUGUCUUAAUAAGAGUGGGCUAAGUGUACCAAUAUUUUACUCGUAUGCUAGCACUUUUUUUGUAGUAAACUUAUGAGGAAACCAAAAACGUAUUUAAAAGUGAUUACAUUUUUUUCUCCACAGCUUUGUUAAUUUCAUUUUAGAACAGUAGUUUUUCCCUUUUUCCUGAUGACGUUAACUGCAGUGUAUAGAGUGGGUGCAUUCUCUGUGUAUAUCAAAUCUGUGUAUAAGCACGUAUGUGCUUCCUCUGAUGGAGUGCCUGAAAGGUGUAUGUUUUGCCAGAGUUUUUGUUAUUCAGUGCACAUUGCACAGGCCACUCAGAAUCAGAGCAAUGCUGAGCUGUUUGCAACCGUGUUUUUCCUUUCGCUGCUCACUGUUGAUGCUGUAUGUACCCUGUUGUUCAGCAAACUAAACAUCAAUAAUCCGUUCAACAGGUCUUUCAUCGAUUUGGGUCGAAACUGAAAUGGUGGGACACAAUUCUAUACAAAUUGACAUUUGAAUUCGUCCACAUGUGUGCUUUCGAUUGCCCUUCGCCGGCAUCAAGCCCACAUCAGCUUACUGAGAUAAAAAAUCCUCUAAAGCCUAAACUGCACUGGGUAAAACGAUUCAGUGCUCUGUGUAGGCACUGGUUCUUUUCUAGAUAAAGAGGAAUUGCACCAAUGUGUCCUACAUUUAUGUAUUAUUCAGUUAUUAACACAAGUCAUUUAGAGUGGUUUGAUGUAAAAUGGGCCAUUCUAGAGAAACCUACUAAUUCAGAAACUUACUCACCACAGUGGUGGUGAUGGCAACCAGACGUUUAAAGAAUUUAAUGCCUCUGAAAGCUAACUAGCAGAAAGCUGUUAAAUAUUUACAGGUAUGUUGACUGAUGCCUCAGACAUUGUUUUAUGAUAGUUGUUAUGAUAAAAUGUAUAAAAAUCAUUCCUGUAGGAGCAAUACAUGUAAGGUGGUAAGUUGUAAGUACUCCUCAAAUUAUAAGUUCACCACAAUUUUACUAUUAUCAGCAUUUAUAUAUAAAAAUUCAGAGGACGUCUGUAGGUUCAUUGGCUAUUUUGGACAGUUAAUAAAAUGGCUACAUUUGUGUUGUAGACAUUGUGACCCCUGGUUCCUAUCACCACCACUGUCUGAGUCAGCAGUCUGAGUCAGUAAGUUUCUCUUCAAUUAACCAUUUCACAUCCAAUCACUCUGAAUGACUUCGUCUACAUCUCAUCGAUUAAAUCAUGCAGAAAUUGUAAAUCAGUGGAAUUCUCUUUAAACAUCUAACUCCAAUUAGAUGUUUCUGAAUUCUUUAUACCGUUCACAGAACUGUGUUUCUAAGUCUAGUCCUGGUCUAAAAAUGAUGUAUUUCGAAUGGGGAUUGAUAGUGUAAGUUAAAGAAAGACGUUAUUUUUUUUUUCUGAGGCCGCUAGGUUGGUGGUGCACAUUUCUCAAAGUUAAAGAAACAUGAUGUAGAAAGACUGUUUUGAUUGUGCAGGUAGUUUAAUCAACUGUACAUAUAUGAGGUUUUUCAAAUGUGUCAAGAUCUAUUGAUUUCAUCUGUCAUUUAUUCUGUUGUUUCAUCUCAAAAGGGCUGCCUAUUUAUUUAUUUUUUUAUGUUUUUAUCAUCUGUAGGAAAUGACUGCUUGUCACAGAGACCUUAGAUGAAACGCUGAAUAUAAUUUAUAGGCUGGUUUAGAUCUUGUAAAUCCUCAAACCUAAUUAGUCUAGGUUUUGUAAAUCUGUAAGCAUAUCAUGUUUUAGAGGAGAGGUGGAACAAGAAAUGUAUCUUUGCCUUGAGAAACUUCCAUACAGCCUGGAAAACUUUGUCAUCAGUCAGGGGUGCUGUGUGUGACUUUUGUGAAGGAGUGUGGGAGAAUGUGAAAAAAUGGAAAAUGGAAAUUGCUUGUCUGUGCUUUUUUUCUUUCUUUAAAUUAAUGGCCACAUGACAUUCAUUGUAUGUUUGUUUUUUUUUAAAGCGUUUGUGCUGUUAUCAUCAUGGGAUUGUAGACUGUUGAUGCAUGACCUUCAGUGCUAUUUACUGUACAUAAUGAGGCUAUGAAUAUGUACAUAAACAGGACAUUAGAGCCAGUGGCGCAAG